GUGACGGCGACUCAGACGGUGUCGUUUUUCGGAGCGCCAAUUGGAAUACGUCGUCGCGACGCUUGUCGGAGUUUCAGUGUGAGGGUGUCGUCAUCGAAAUUUCAAACCCGCGUCUCCCGGUGCCCAGAUCCAGAUUCAGAGAUGGCCGACGCGCGUGACACUCCAGUCGAAUAAAAAAAAAACGAAACGGCACCGGAGAAUGUCCGGGAUUAAAAUAAUGUCGGACCGGCGGACGCAGUGAAUCACCUCUACGGGAGAGAUGUCCGUCGUCGUGUGGUAAAGAAAAUUGUACGCAUCGAGCGAAAAAUGUGCUGUCCGCAGAGCAGCGCGCUUUCGCGACUCGGUCUGUUUACCGGCGUGAUAGCGUUGGCCGCCCUCCUAGUAGCAUACGUCAGUUCGCCGUGGCUGUACACCAAGGAGCCGUUGCCGCUGGAGAAGCCUUCGCUCAAGACGAAUAUCACGUUCAAGAUCGGCCUCUGGAGGGUGUGUCCGACGGUGAAGAGGAUCAAUCUUACCAUACAUGUGCCCUCGCCGGCUUGUUCGCUGGUAAAAUACGCGGGCUUCGCUGAGGUGCUCCAUACCGACUUGGGAGUGUCCUGGACCCCGCUGGAUUUCGCCCAAGUCUUCAUAACACGAAUGAGGUCUUGCACGGUCCUGUGCAGCGUCGCCGUCGUCCUCCUCGUCGCCGCAGUUUUCUUCGGCCUCCUGGGCCAUUGCAACAACGACAGCAAGACGGUCGUCGCCAGCGGAUUCUUCAUCCUCGGCGGUUUAUCUCUGGCAGCAGGCCUAGUCACGUUCACGUCCGCUCUAUCCGAGACUCUAGCUGAAAUCUACGAGUACCACAAGGAUCCUUCGUCGGGGCCCGUAUACGACUACCGUUACGGUUGGUGUUUCUUCACAGCGGGGGCGGCACUAGUGUUAUCCAAUGUCGCGUCCGCCCUGGUAUUCGUUGGUUACCUCCAUCGAUAUUCGUCAGUCGACGAGAUGGUGCGAGAAAUGGUACCCGGAGCGGAACGCAAAAUGCGCGAACAUCAGCGUCUCUCCACCGAGUACCUGGUGCGCCGUUCGAACCCGUCACCGCGACACCAGUACGAUCCUCUCCAAGUCGGUCACCUCCCCCUCGACAAGUACGAAGCUACUGAGUGCGGUCCCCUGCUCAACAAAACUCCUCCCGACGUCUGUACCACCAAUACCUGUUUGGAAUUUGCAGCGGCGGCCGACUUGAGAGGAGCUUCAGCGCCCGAAGGCGCAUUCUGCUCCGCCCACUCGCUGGCCGGCCAGACUAUUCCAAUCACUAUCAAAAACCACACCUCGUUGAGUUUUUCCAACGCCCCCGUCAGCAAGUACGGCACCAUGCCGCACGCAGGUACCACCUUGCACCAGGGUUUCCUCGGUGUGUCCGAGGUGGGCAGUUCGAGUUCCAACAGUUCGAGCGGGUACUGCGGCAAGAGCAAAACGCUACAGUACCAGAAACAGGGUCGAAGCGGCGGGGCCAAGAAAUGUGUGAAAAUCGAAAGUUUUCAAGUACCGGAGACUAGCUUCGAGGGUUAUGGUACCGCCAAACGGACCAAUAACGCGCUGAACUACUCGGGCAGUGCGGUAUGACGCGAAGAGUUCGAAAUCGGCGAUGUGGUGUUCUAAAAUCGUGUGUAAAUAAUGCUGGAGUGCUAUUGCGGCCGGGAAACCGAGCGGAACGCGAUACGCUCGCCGAAAAAGGACGAUAAAUUCGGCGGAAAUUUAGUGCGUCGAUUUGUCUAAUACGCAGACUACGUUGUCGUGCGUAUUUUAAAUGGUGCAAUUUUGUUGGCGCGUCGGUCGUUUUUAUCUCGCAUAUAUGUUAAUCGUUAAUCCCCUCGCUCCCUCCGCGGGUUGAUAUAUUUGUUGUUUCGCCCUUCGGAUAUUUUAUUUACGAGAAGUAUUCGGUGAACGGAAGUAGAGCGACAAAUCGUCCACCCAUAUCGUGAAUUAUAAAUAGAUGUUGAUCGUGACGCGUCGAGUUGUGAACGCGGGACUUUCGAGAUACAUACCGGGUGUCGCAAUAAGGACGACGGGGUGAAUUGAUAAAAAUUAUAAGCUGGUCGAGAGAAAAAUGCGGAAAUUAUUGCCAUUUUUAUUUUUUAAACUCGUUUCAAAUCCACUUAUUGCUUUUUUUUACGUCCUUGCAUAGUCAAAUAAGAGUGCAACAAUACAAAAUUCGCGACUAAUGUUAUAAAUAUUGAAGAAAACGAGAUUAAAAAUCAAGAUGCCAAUUGUUUGAUUCGGUAUAUCAGUUAGCCUUACUGGGACACUCGUUACAUACAUAUGUGUACACUAAAUUAACUGUAAAUUGCUGUGAUAUACGGUAUUACUAUCAUU